AUGUUUAGUAAUUAUGUCAAACAUUUCGGCACAGACUGUGUGUGCAUUAAACCGAUCGAUCGUAAAAAACCUUUUUUGGUCAUUGAAAACAAAACAGAAGAAGUCAAAAAAGGAUGCAAUAUGAUAAAUAUAGAAGAUAAUACAACAGAUCAAAACAACAAUAAUAAUAGUAUUUGUAAAAAUCAUAAAGAUGGUCAACUAAAAAGUUUAUAUUGUCUUGAUUGUCAAGAAUGGGUGUGUGAAUUGUGUUCCACUGCUGUUGGACAUCAUUCAUCACAUACUAUUCAUAGUCCAGAGACGGUAGUCAUUGACAGUAUCAUUGAUAUAGGACAAUCGGUAGAUAGAUCUUGGAACAAUAUUACAGAGGAAUCAAAACGACUACAAGAUUACAGCAUACAAGAGGACAAGAUCAAGAUGCAUUUUCGUCAACUAAGAGAUAUCAUUGCUCAACAAGAAGAAAAAUUAUUACAUAGUUUAGAACAAGAAAGAUUAAAAUCAAUUAAAUCAUUAAAUCAACAAUAUAAUCUUUUGGAUCAAUCAUUAACUUUAGAAUCUUCUUUAAGAAUUCAAUUAUCUGAUAAUAAUAUUAUAAAUAAUCAAAUUAAUCAAAUUAAUAAUCAAAUUAAUAAUCAAAUUAAUAAUCAAAUUAAUAAUAAUAAUAAUAAUCAAUCAUACCUUAGACCAUUAAAUAUUCAAGAAUGGAGAGAUGAAUUUGAAUUGAUUGAACAAUGUGAAUCAAUUGAAAUAUUUAAAGAACUAUUUCAGGAUCCAUUGUUUAUGCCGAGAUCAAUUUCAAAACAAACAAGUAAUGCAGGACAAUUACAAGAACUAAUUGGAAUACAUGGUGAAGUGAUUGCAUUUCAAAUGUUGGAAAAACAUUUUAACAAAAAUUAUAAUAGCAAUCCUCAUCUUUUUAUCUCUUUUGAACAAAAACAAGAUGCCAUCAAUGCCUUUAAAUCAUAUUUAAAUAAUAGUUUAUAUGAUUUAAAUAUAAAUUAUCAUAAACAACAAAAUAUUCAAGUUGAUCAAAAUAAUCAACAAAAUAAUCUAAAUAAUAAUAGUACAAUCAGUCCAGUUAAUAGUGAUAAUUUAAAUAAUAGUUUACAAGGUUUAAAUAGUAUUAUAAAUCAAUUCAUUUCUGCAUCCAUUUCAUCUCCUCCAUUCAACUCUACUACUACUUCUUCUUCUUCUUCUUCAUCAUCAUUACAAAAUCUUCAAGAAAAGAUAUCACCAAGACAAUUUAGAUCAAGAUCAUUAUCGACAACCAACUUUCCAUGGUCAUUUUUCAGUCUUUCAAAUGAUGAUCAAUAUCGGACCAUUAUUCAAGUGGCAUUGGAUUCAAACUUUUUAUUAGAUGAAGAAAGUUCACCAGAUACCUCUUCUUCUUCUUCUCCUUUUCCUUCUUCGAUAUCACCACCAAAAAUAUUGAUAACAAUCAAUACCUAUCAAAAUAGCUUUGUUCAUCAGAGAUAUAAUUCAAAUUUUGUAUAUAUUGGUCAACAAUCCAACAACAAUCAAAAUGAAUAUCUUUAUGCAUUUGGAGGUGGAGGAAAUGAAAGCUCUCAAAGUACAUUUGAAAGAUUCAAUAUAUCACUUGGUAAAUGUGAUUUCUUGGGUCAUUUACCACCUCGUCUACAUGGAAGAUUUAUUAAAGCAUGUACAGAUGGCAAACAAUCAAUUUAUUUAUUUUCAAAUCAAUGUGUAGUGUCUUAUGAUACUAUUUCUCAUCAAUUCCACAUAAUGGGAAUUUUAUCAUUAAACAAUAGUCAACAAACACCAAGUAAUCAAGAUCAUCAUACCGCCUUUAAUAGUACGAUAAUGAUUAAAUCAUCAACAUCACUUAUUAUCAAAAGAUCACAAGAUUUGAAUUUAUUAAUUUUACCAACAACAACAACAAUCAUAGACAAUAAUGAUAAAAGUAAUCAAACAAUACAACCAAUAUCAAUAGAUUUCAACGAUGAUGAUUAUAGUAUAAAUAAUAGUAAUGAAAGCAACAAAUUCAACCAAUUAUUAUUUAAAAAUGCAAUUAGAGGAUGUUUUGAUGGAAAGGAAUUGGUUUAUUUUAUUUGUAAUGACCAACAACCAGUAGUAGCACCAACAACAACAACAACUCAACAACAGCCAUCAUCACCACAACCAUUCCAAUCACUUUUACAAGCUAAACAACAAAAAUCCAAAUCUCCAAGACAACAACAACAACAAUCACUACAAAGAAAUCAACCAAAGAUAAAUUAUUUCAUGUGUACAGUUUCAUUGACCAGUCGUAGAUUUACAAAACUAUGUCAAAUUGAAUAUGAUUACUAUGGUGAUGUUAUGAUGUUUGAUCAAUCGAUACAAUGUAUAUAUAUUCCACUCAAUUAUCGAUUUUCAAACAAAUUACUGGUUUAUCAUAUCAAUAAUAAUACAUUUAAGGAAUUUAAUAAUCAAUAUCUUUCAUCUUAUUCUACUAGUAUGAUGAAUCAAACAAUGUAA